AUGGGCGAAUCACACACCUUCAUCCCCUUUCGUAAACCCUCGAAAGCUCACUCAGCAUCCAUUGACCCUCUUCACUCUGCCUCCAAAGCUCACCAUCGAUCGUCGCCCCCAUUCACUCUCUUCACUCUCGCCAUUGACCCUCUCACUGUCGCUCUCACCAUUGACCCUCUCACUCUCGCCAUUGACCCUCUCACCACAAGAAGAAACCCUCUCAAUCUCACCAGUGACCGUCGUCGCCCCCCACUCACCCGCACUCACCACUCUCCACAUUGCUGCACCACUGACCGUCACUCCUCUUCGCCAUCUUGCACUGAUCGUCGCUGUGCCGCCCUCACCAUCGUCGCUGCUGCCACUUUCACCAUCGUCAUCUCCGUGCUUCUCAUCAUCGUCUUCUCUGUGCUCACAUCAUUGAAUAGGGUUUGUGAACUGUGAUUUAAUAUACAGCUUGUC